AUGGAGCAUGGUUCAGAAUAUUCUGUACACUCAACAGGAUGUGCUAAAGCCGAAAACUGUGUCAAUGGCUCGGUCAACUUUGGAAUGAAGGAAAUCAAAAUUACCACCAAGUGUUGCCUCUCUGACCGCUGCAACACCCAGCCGGCCCCAGGACCCAGCAAAUCCAAACCAAACGGUAAAAAGUGCUACUACUGCGAUGACAAAUCUUGCACCAACAUCGUAAACUGUGAGGGGAACGAGGACAACUGCAUCACAGCAACAUACAUCCAAGGAGCAAUAAGCCGGACCUUCAAGGGCUGUGCGUCCAAGCCGCUGUGCACCCAGACAUGGGAUCCAUCCUGGGCCGGAGAAAUGAAAUCUACCUGCUGUGAGGAAAACUUAUGCAAUGGAGAGAGCAACGGCGACGGCAACGGCAAUGGCAACGGCAAUGGCAACGGCAAUGGCAAUGGCAAUGGCAACGGCGGCAACAGUGGCAACGGCGGCGGCAACGGUGGCAACGGCGGCGGCAACGGUGGCAACGGCGGCGGCAACGGUGACAGCAACGGCAACGGUGGCAAUGGCGGUGGCAAUGGCGGUGGCAAUGGCAACGGUGACGACAACGGCGGCAGCAACGGUGACAGCAACGGUGGCAAUGGCGGUGGCAAUGGCGGCGGCAACGGCGGCAACGGCGGCAAUGGCAACGGCGCCAGCAGCAGCAGUGCCGGCCUGGUGCUGCUGGCCCCCCCGCUGCUCUCUUUGCUCGUGACCUCUUAUUAA